AUGGCCCGCCUGCUGGGCACCCUGCGCAGCUCCCAGCCCGUGGCGCGCUUCCAGCGCUCCUGCGGGCUCUUCCCCGCCGCCGAGGAGGGCUGCUGCAGCGGCGACCCCGCGGAGGGGCCCCGGGACCGCGGCGCCUGCAAUGGAGCGGGCGCGCUGCGCUGCCCGGCCGGCGCCGGCCGCGCUCCCCGCGGCGGGGUGCGGAGCGGCCGCGGCCCGCAGGGUUGCACACAGAAGUAUAUUGUGAAGAACUACUUCUACUACUACUUGUUCAAGUUUUCAGCUGCUUUGGGUGAAGAGAUUUUUUAUAUCACUUUCCUUCCAUUUACCUACUGGAAUAUAGAUCACUCUGUGUCUAGAAGAAUGAUAAUUGUUUGGUCUAUAGUGAUGUACAUAGGCCAGGUCUCCAAGGACAUCCUGAAGUGGCCUCGGCCCCUGUCACCACCAGUUGUGAAGCUGGAGAUGAGGACGAAUGCAGAGUAUGGGAUGCCGUCCACCCACGCCAUGGCAGCCACAGCCAUCUCCUUCUCCUUUUUCAUUGCAACCAUGAACCAGUACAAGUAUCCAUUCGAGCUCGGCCUCAUAGCAGCGUUCGUGUUUUCGACGUUGGUGUGUCUGAGCAGGCUCUACACAGGGAUGCACACAGUCCUGGAUGUGAUCGGAGGAGCACUGAUUUCGGCUGUGCUGCUCGUGCUCUUGUAUCCUGCGUGGGACACAAUAGAUCACUUGCUGUUAACCAGCCCCUUCUGCCCAUUGUUUUCCAUAGUUGUGCCUCUUGUCUUAUGUUACAACUACCCCAAACUAGACUAUUACAGCCCUACCAGGGGAGACACCACUACGAUCUUAGGAGCAGCAGCUGGAGCAACUGUGGGAUUUUGGUUAAACAACCAGUACGCUGCUUCAGCCUACACCGGCAAAAACGUUCAGGCUGGACCUCCUCUGAUCACCAGUACAAUGGUGUUUGUGCUAGCCAGGUUCUUCGUGGGGAUCUUGGUUGUCCUGCUGACACGCUGGGUCAUGAAGAGCGCGGUCCUUGGCAUGCUGGGCUAUCGGUACAAGUUCCCCGUCGGUGACCUGGAAGCCCGGAGACGCCUGGAAGUUGAGGUGCCCUACAAGUUUGUGACGUACUCCUCCGUUGGCUUCACGGCCACGGUGAUCGUGCCGCUGCUGCACGAGCUGCUGGGACUGAUGUGAGCACAGCUCCUCCUCACCGAGCCACCUGCGGCGCCACCGCUUCGGGGACGCGACAGUGCAGGCUGGUGACUUGACCAAAAAGUGUUUUGUGCCUUUCUGCACUGGCAUGGUGGGUUUGGCUCUGGCUGGAUGCCAGGGGCUCACCAAAGCUGCUCUAUCACUCCUCUCUCUCCAGGGAGAGAAAAUAUAAUGACAGGAUCACGGCUCAAGACAAGGGCAGGGAGAGAUCACUCAGCAGUUUUACUGUCACAGGCAAAACAGACUCGACUUGGGGAAAUAGGUUUAAUUUAUUAUCAAACUAAUCAGAAUAGAAUAACAAGAAAUAAAACCAAACAUUACAACCA